AUGACCGGCAACGAACAGAUCGAGGCAGAGACUUGGUCAGACUACUCCGAUGCUGGGAGCAUUCGAUCGGAUCUGACUUCGCUUCACUCGUCCGUCCUCAAUUAUGAGUAUGAAAAUGGCCGACGAUACCAUGCUUAUCAAGCAGGCAAAUAUAUGCUUCCAAAUGAUGAUCAGGAGCAGGACCGACUGGACGUGCUCCAUCACGUCUUCCGCCUUACUCUAGGAGGCGACUUGUGUCGCACCGCCCCAGAGCUGGUCAAUCCCGGAAGGAUACUGGACAUUGGCACAGGAACCGGCAUCUGGGCCAUUGAUAUGGGUGAUGAAUAUCCUUCUGCAGAGAUCAUAGGCACAGAUCUAUCUCCCAUCCAGCCAAGUUGGGUCCCACCAAAUGUGCGCUUUCAGAUCGAUGAUGCUACGCAAGAAUGGGCCUUCCCACCCGAACAUUUUGACUUCAUUCACGCUCGAGGGCUGGGCGGCAGCAUCAGGGACUGGCCAGAGCUACUGCACCAGGCAUAUGCACACUUAAGACCUGGCGGUCGUAUCGAAUUAUCGGAAGGACGUCCUCACAUGUGCUGUGAUGAUGGCACAUAUCCCGAAGAUUCUCAAACAUAUCGUUGGGUGACAGAAUUCCAUAGAAUAGCUCGAAGUGCAGACCUGGAGUUUGACCCAUUUCCACAAUAUGCAGGACUUCUCGAAUCUGCUGGCUUUAUCAACGUUCAGGCUCACGAAGAGCGGACGCCGAUCGGAGCCUGGCCUAAGAACAAGCGACUCAAGGAGAUUGGUGUUUACUUUGAAUAUCAAUUUCUCGAGGGCGCCGUGGAUGGCUAUUCCCUGGCUCUGUUCACUCGGGUGGGAAAUUGGAGCGAACAAGAGACCCAGGUGCUUCUGGCGCAUGUGCGACAAGAGGUCAGAACUAACAAGAUGCAUGUGUAUACACACUGGUAA